UAUCCCAUGCUGUGAGUUUUGUGAAUAUUUGUGACUGUUGGAUCGGUAAUAUAUCCAAGGGUCAUGGAUAUUCGAAACAAGCUGACCUAUUCAGAAGGUAUCCCGUUUCGCCGUCACUCUCACUUCGUCACCGUGCCUCCGUGCGCGGCGCUCCUCCGCUUCGCUGUGCCACCACGAUUCUCUCUCUCUCUCUGAGCGACUCUGCCUUGGUCUCCCUCUCUCUCUCUCCGGCACGGACCCUUUCCAUCUCAGCCUCUCUUCUUGACCGUCGAGGCGUCGACGGUCCUUUCUAUACUCGACGGUGACGGACUAACGGUGUCGAAUAGCCUUGAAGUCUCGAACUUGGUUGCUCUCUUCCUCAAGCAGCAAAGCAGAAAGCCAGAACUGUUGGUUACACUCUGGGUUCGAUUUCUGGGUUUUCACUUACAUUCUGGGUUUCACUUUUCGAGCUUGGUUAGUUACUGAAAUCAAGCUUGUGUUGUAAUGGUAGAUGAAGCUCAUGAAAGGUCUAUCUCCACGGACAUUUUAUUGGGUCUCCUGAAAAAGGUAUCAGCUUUAUAUCAUACCUUUGAUGGUUUACAAAACAAAGAGUUCAUCUGUUUCUCUUUUCAGUUAGGCCGUAUUAUAUACUUUUUGAAUCUGAAAAUUUCUAGAUCCAAAAACGCCGGCCUGAGCUGCGCCUGAUUAUCUCAUCUGCUACAAUUCAAGCAAAGUCAAUGGCUGCUUUCUUUCAGUCCAGCAAAAGGAAUCCGCUUUCAUAUAUGUUUGCAUGCAGGGUGACCAUGUGAGUUUCCUAAAUGUCUACAAAGCAUUUCUUCAGUCUAGUAAAUCUUCACAGUGGAGUCAUAAGAACUUUGUAAACUACCAAGCCAUGAAAAAGGUUCUUGAAAUAAGGGAACAACUCAGAAGAACAGCUCGAAGAUUAGGCAUUGACUUGAAAUCUUGUGAAAGAGAUACAGUGGUAGUGAGAAAGGCCAUUACUUAUGGAUUUUUCGCUAAUGCGUGUGUUUCAGAAGCAUCAAGUCACGAUGGAAAGUACAAAACUAUCAGAGGUUCUCAAGAAGUUUAUAUUCACCCCUCAUCUGUGUUAUUCAGAGUUAAUCCCAAGUGGGUGGUUUACCAUUCUCUUGUCUCAACUGAAAAGCAAUACAUGCGGAAUGUCAUUUCGAUAGAUCCUUCUUGGCUCACAGAGGCAGCUCCACAUUUUUACCAAAAGCAGCGACCCAAUCCUAUGCUUCACUAGCUCGCUCUGCCUCCACCGUCCCUCAUAAUAAAUUCAUAUAAGAACAAUGAGGAAACUACCAUCGUCAUUCAGUAUGGCCUUGAUCACUUGGAUUUUUCUUGUAAAUAUACCAACUAUUAUCUUGAAUAGCAUCCAUUAACCAUUAACCACUGACUAAAAUACUGAAUCAUUAACCAUGCUUUUUUUCAUUGGCUAUUAAUUUUAUUUGUUCGUGCUACUGGAACAAUUGAAUAAAACCCACUGACUAAUGGAUUAAGUUGAA